GUCGAGCGCAUAACCCAGAGCAAGAUCUCCUCGACCGUUGUCAUACCGUCGGACACUUUUCUGGUCGUAGAGAUGAAAGCAGAGAACGGCGAGACGAUCAUCGUGCACCAAACGCCUCCUCUGACCGCGAACCCCUCGACGAACGACUGGUACGCCCAGAGCCUCAAGAGCGAGAUCGCGCUGUCGAGGUGGCUCAGCCAUUGCACGUCCCUCCCCGUUCCGCGCGUUCUUCACACCUCCUGGGCAUCACCAGAACAGCCAUGUAAUGUGUCGACUUCCCAGAAGCUGUCCGGAGAACCUCUGCACGUCAUCUAUGGGUCCCUAUCCACGGAAUCGAAGGAGAACCUAGUCAGGUCGUUUGCCCAGCACGCCGUCACCCUCUUCGAGCUCGACAUCCCACAGCAAAUUGGGUCCGUUGACGCAGGCGCCACCGCCGCCGAGCUCGCCGUAAUACCCGCGCUCGGGCGCGAGCCCAAGAUGCGCGUGCCCAAAGUGUGCAACACCCUCGAGGAAGGCAUCGCCGAGGUGACGUUCAUCAAGCGCCGCGCGCUCACGGCGGACAGGACGACGGACGAGAAGUUCCGCUCCCAGGCGACGGUCUCGCAGCUCUGCCGCCACCUGCAGGGCAUCUCGCAGGCCUGGAACGAGCGGCCCGCGCUGCUCCGGUGCACCAUUGCUCAUCGGAAUCCGCGGGCGUCGAACCUUUUUGUAGACCGGGAGGGGCGGAUCACGGGUGUCCUUGGGUGGCGGCACCAUGUUAUCAUGCCAGCGCUGCUGGGCGCAGAGUAUCCGCCGUGGUUGCGCGAUAACGGGAUAUACGACCCACAGUUUGGCUAUAUGCUGCCACCCCAGCUGGAGAGUCCAGAGGAGAGUGCGAGGUUACGGGCGAUCUAUGCUGAGGCUGUCAAAGAACGCAAUACGGACUAUCAUACUGCACUUAUCGAGGGCGUGAAGUUUCGCGAGGCACUCGAGUGGCUGCAAGACCCGCACGACGACCCUGGGUGCGGGCGCCUGCGUAACUGGAUGAUCCAGACAUUCGGACAUGCCCCACAGCCGGCCAUCGACGAUAAGCAGUGCAUCAUUGCCUAG